AUGGAGGCAACAACAACGAGAGCUUUUCUGCUGCUGGCGCUGGUCGCCCACUCCUUUGCUCUGCCUCUGCCGUCCUGGGACAAAGACAGCUGGCUUUUAGCGGAGAAGUACCUCCGUCGCUUCUAUGACCUCCCAGUUGGUCUCCAGGGGAGACACAGGUCCUCAGGUGCCUUUCAGACCAAGAUCAGGGAGAUGCAGAGCUUCUUCAAAAUCAAGGUGACGGGGAAUCUGGACGACAACACUUUGGCGGUGAUGAAACAGCCCAGAUGUGGCGUCCCUGACGUCGGGGAGUACAACCACUUCCCUCGACAACUCAAGUGGCAGAACAACAACGUCACGUUCAGGAUAGUGAAUUAUACACCGGAUCUGCAGAAGUCUGACGUCGACAGAGCCAUCCGCAACGCUCUGAACAUUUGGUCUGACGUGACCCCGUUGACCUUUAAGAAGCUGCGCGACGGCAACGCCGACAUCAUGAUCAGUUUUGGAAGUAAAGAGCACGGAGACUUUAACCCCUUUGAUGGGCCUGAUGGAUUGCUCGCUCAUGCCUACCCGCCGGGCCAAGGCAUCGGAGGAGACACCCACUUUGAUGAGGAUGAACAGUGGACCAAAGAUUCAUCAGCUUACAACCUGUUCAUCGUGGCGACCCACGAGUUGGGCCACGCCCUCGGCAUGUCCCAUUCCAGAGACCCGGGCGCCCUGAUGUACCCCGUCUACUCGUACACGACAGGCUUCCCGCUGUCCGAGGAUGACAUUGAAGGCAUUCAAGCUCUCUACGGCCCAAAUCCAAGCUCAAGGAAAGUGAAGCCAAAGCCUGUCGCGCCCAACAAAUGUGACCCCAUGUUGAGCUUUGAUGCCGUCACAGAGCUCAGAGGGGAAACCAUCAUCUUCAAAGACAGAUUCUACUGGCGUCUCCAUUCUCAGAUGCCGGAGCCUGAGCAGACACUGAUCAAGUACACGUGGCCCUCCCUCCCCAACAAGGUGGACGCGGCAUACGAGUACCCCGAGAAGGAUCAAGUCAUCAUAUUCAGCGGGAUCCGAAUGUGGGCUUUGAGUGGAUACAACCUCGUGCACGGUUACCCAAAGUACAUCCACAAACUGGGUCUUCCCAAGACAGUGAGGAAAAUAGAUGCGGCCGUGCACAUCGGCGACACCGGGAAAACUCUGCUCUUCACCGAGGAGAAGUAUUGGAGCUACGAUGAAGCGACCGGCACCAUGGACAGCGGCUCCCCGCGGUCCAUCGAGGUGGAUUUUCCCGGGAUGCACGACGAGGUUGACGCGGCCGCGUAUCGCUAUGGAUACUUGAAUUUCUUCCACGAACACCUCCGGUACGAGUACAGUUACACCUCAAGGAGGGUCAUUCGCAUCAUGAGGACCAACUCCAUCCUCAACUGCUGAGGAAUGCCAACGAGGACUUUAUAAUAUAUGUAACCUAAAUGCAAAAUAACAUGCGCGUUAAAAAACGAUGCAGUUCAUUGAAGUGGAGCCAUGCAGGGUUGACCUGUUAAAGCUUAUUUGUACUCGUGCUGGACACCUGUUAGUCAUACAGGAUCAUUUGUCAUACACCGAAUGCUGGAAAAUUCCUCAGAAAUUUAUUUUUUCUUCGAUUAUUUUAUCUAUAUUUAUUUCACAUCUCUAUAUUUGUACUACUAGUUUCUCUACAAACAGCAAGAUCCUUAGCAGGUUAAGUUUCUUGUCAAUAUCAGUUUGUCUGAUUUUGUGAGCUCUGCAUUUGACUAUAGUGUAAAUGUUUCACUAACUUUAAUAGUUGGCAGUUUAAUAUAUUGUUCUUUUUUAAAGUGUUGUGAAUUACAAUAAAAAGCAGUGAAAUAAAGUUGAA